GAAGAGACAUGUAUAUGUUUUGUGACCUGAUCAAGCGACUUUGGUAUAGCGAGUCCUCUAAUACUUCAACGCCAUUUAAAACCGUUUUAUUCAGGAUGCUACUGUGUCUUUUUCUACUUAUCUCGGCCGUGCAGGCAUUAGUAAUUAGUACCGUAUUUGCACCGCGCCUUAGGGCCCUGCAGAAUUUGCGGCCUGAAAAGUCACAGGCAACUGAACUGACUCGAGACCAAAACAACACCAUUAUAAUAUCUUCGACUAAGCUUACUAUAGAGCCUCGAAAUCCACAGAAAGCUAUUCAGGCUAUUACAGGAAAAAAAUCACCAACUGCACGAUACUACCCUGAAGUGGGCCCCUUGAGCGUCCGAGAGGUAAUCGCUAAGGAAACGUUUCGACUGAUCGCCCAAAUGGCUCUUGAUCGGAUACCUUCGAAGCGUCACGAUUCCCACGAAUGGUACUUACCGUCAUAUCACUACGGCAAGACGAAAGAUCUUCAGAGUCGACACUUCUUUGAGAGUGAAGAGUUUCUGUUGUUCCUGCUUGGUCUCGGACUUGCUUCGGUCCUCGGUAUGGCAACGGUACUGGCCCCCCUUAAUCAGAUGUUGUAUACAAAUGCCAUCUACGGCGCCGGAGGUGGAUAUGCGCCGAUCCCGAUCGGACCAGGGGUCUUUGCAUCCCAACAUGGCCGACGCCGCAGAAGAUCUCCUUCGACGCACGACUAUCGACGGAAAGCGAGGAUCGAGACGAUCAAACGUCGGCUGAAACGAGCGUCACGACGAUACAAUUCCGCUAGAAGUCGCAUCCCUGACCCUCGUCGAACAAAUCCAACUGAAAAAAGUAGCUUGUUUUGGAAGAGCGACAGUUGCCAUAAGUUUCACUUUGAAACACCGAGGUCCCGGGUUUAAGACCUAGCUGAUACAAGGCUUUUUCAAACUAGUAUUUUACUCACAACAACAU